AUGAUUCUUCAUCUCCAUCUGCAGGGGACUCCAGAGAAUAUUAUCGUGGGUUCUCAUGUCUGGAUUGAAGACCCAGAGGUAGCUUGGAUUGACGGACAUGUAUUAAAAAUCAAUGGAAAGGAUGCUGAAAUUGAAACUUCUGAUGGAAAAAAGGUUGUUGCAAAUUUAUCUAAAAUAUUUCCCAAGGAUAUGGAAGCUCUUCCUGGUGGAGUGGAUGAUAUGACUAAACUGUCCUAUUUGCAUGAGCCUGGAGUCCUGCAGAACUUAAAGGCUAGAUAUGAGUUGAAUAAAAUAUAUACUUAUACAGGAAAUGUUUUGAUUGCAAUAAAUCCAUUUCAAAAACUGCCUCAUAUUUAUUGUGCACAAAUGAUGCAACAAUACAAGGGAGUGCCACUUGGAGAAUUAAGCCCUCAUGUAUUUGCAAUUGCUGGUGUUGCAUAUAGGGCAAUGGUUAAUGAAGGGAAAAGCAAUUCCAUUCUGGUCAGUGGGGAAAGUGGAGCUGGUAAAACGGAAACUACAAAACUGCUUAUGCAAUUCCUGGCUUUCUUAGGUGGUAGAGCUGUAACUGAAGGCAGAACAGUUGAGCAACAAGUUCUUGAAUCAAAUCCAGUUCUGGAAGCAUUUGGCAAUGCUAAAACUGUCAGGAAUAACAAUUCUAGUCGUUUUGGUAAAUUUGUUGAGAUCCAAUUUGACAAGAGUGGAAGAAUCUCAGGAGCAGCCAUCCGAACAUACCUUCUAGAGAGAUCUCGGGUCUGUCAAGUUAAUGAUCCUGAACGAAACUACCACUGCUUUUAUCUUCUUUGCGCCGCACCACAGGAGGAAAUUGAAAAAUACAAAUUAGGAAAUCCGAAAUUGUUUCACUAUCUUAAUCAGUCACAAUGCUAUGAACUGGCUGAUGUAAAUGAUGCUCAUGAGUAUCUUGCCACAUGUAGAGCUAUGGGCAUUGUUGGAAUAAGUCAAAAAGAUCAGGAAGCCAUUUUCAGAGUUGUUGCUGCAAUUCUUCAUCUGGGUAAUAUUGAUUUUGGCAAAGGAAAGGAAAUUGACUCAUCUACUCCAAAAGACGACAAAGCCAAAUUCCACUUGAAAACAGCUGCUGAACUUUUGAGGUGUGAUGCUGAUGCCUUGGAAGAUGCAUUAUGUAAGCGUGUCAUGAUCACUCCAGAAGAAGUUAUAAAGCGGAGCCUUGAUCCGGGAAGUGCUACAGUCAGUAGAGAUGGACUGGCAAAAACAAUUUAUUCUCGGCUAUUUGAUUGGCUGGUGGACAAGAUCAAUGAAUCAAUUGGACAAGAUCCCAAUUCUAAAUGUUUGAUCGGAGUCCUUGAUAUCUAUGGUUUUGAAAGCUUUAAAUUGAACAGUUUUGAGCAGUUCUGCAUUAAUUUCACAAAUGAAAAGUUGCAGCAACACUUCAAUCAGCACAUGUUCAAAAUGGAACAAGAAGAAUAUACAAAGGAGCAGAUCAAUUGGAGCUACAUUGAAUUUGAGGACAACCAAGAUGUUUUGGACCUUAUUGAAAAGGUUUUCUUUCUCCUUUUCACUUUCUUUAAGGCAUUGAGCAUACCUAAUUCAUUUUGA